AUGUUUGAAAUUAUUAGCAAAAAUGCUAAAUUAAUAGGAGCUCUAGGCCUUAUUGCAUUAGGAGGCAUAGUAAAUUAUGUUUUGUUUAAGGAAGAUUCAGAGGAAUAAUAAAAUUAAAAUAAAAUAAAUGAAGAAAAAUAAAAUGAAUAGCAAAUGUAACAAAACUUAGGAAUGACAAAAGAUGAAGCAAAGGAAAAAAUGCAAGAACUUUUAUAAAAGGUUAAGAAAUAGUCUGAAGAAUAAUUUAAGGAAGUAAUCAAAAAAGAUAUAAAGGUAGAAUAUUAUGGUUAAUUCAUUAGUGAUAAAACUAUUAAAAUAAUUAUGCAUAGAAGCGUUUUGUUUUGCAUUGAUUCACUUAUGAAAAUUCACUCCAAAUUUAUUGAGUAAAGAUAAGAAAAGUAUUAUCAAAUAGCUGAAUAUGCUGCUAUUAAUAACGAGUUGAUUCAAAAUUACUUCUAUAUUUUAAAUAUUUCUAUGGAAAACAUUACCCAAAUCUUAGAAAUUUCUCAAGAACUUUUCUAAAGUAGCUUGCGUUACUGGUAGACUUAGCAAAAAAUCUCAAAGGGAUAUUUAAGAGAUUUAGCAUACCAUUUUAUGGCAGAAGCAAAUAUAAAAAACUCUAUAUCUAAAGACUAGUACAUCGAUUACUUGCAAUUUGUGUGUGAGGAAAUACCAAAGCAAGCAAACUAACUUAAGCUUUUACUUUCAUAGUCAACUCCACAGCUUUAAAAGAUAGUGAUUCUUUCUAGAGCAGAAGAUAAAGCCUUUUUUGAUAAAAAUAUAAGUGAUUUAUAGGGUAUAAAAGCCUUAUCAUUAUAUUCCUAAGAUGAAGAGUGCAAAUAAUUGCUAAAUAAAAGAAAUGAACUCCUUAAUAAUAUCUACUAAAUUUGA